GAGACCAUGUUAUGUUUGGGAACUGUACAACCGAACCUCAAACCCGCCAAAUCACUGACACGUAACCCCUACACUCAUCACCCUCUCACCAAUCCCCUCUUUUUAAAUUCCCCGCUGUAUUCUUCACUCUCACUCUCACAUCACCAUCCCCUGAAAAAGCGGGAAACUAAUAACCUCUCUCACUCUCUCUCUCCACCGCCGCCGCUCACAACCACCGUCCACCGUGUCCGAAGAUCCGCUUCUUUCGUUUUUUGAAAUAAAAAAACAUAUGAAGUUUUAAAUUUAUUACAAAAACAGAGAUAGAAAAAACGGUUGAGGCAAAUCGUGAAACUCGGUGUAUAUAUUUUCGGCUGCUGUCUGAAUCACAAAAUAUCAAGGAAAUUUAUCUUGUCCAAACAAAACUUAAAUAGCCUAAUUUAAUAUUUUAUUUUCCCUUAACUGCAAGUUUAUCCGUUUAUUUUCAAAUCGUUUUGUUUUGUUAAUGUUGUUGUUGUUGUGAGAAGAGAGGUAAAAAAACAUGGAACAGAAGCACAUAUUAUUGUCAGCGUUGAGUGUAGGGGUAGGAGUAGGGGUAGGAUUGGGAUUAGCGUCGGGGCAAACGGUCGGAAAAUGGACCGGAAAAGGGUUAGUGUCGCAGGGGAAUGCAAUAACGGCAGAGACUAUGGAACAGGAAUUGCUCCGACAGGUUAUUGAUGGCAGAGAGAGUGGUAUCACCUUUGAUCAAUUCCCUUAUUAUCUCAGCGAACAGACGAGGGCAUUACUAACAAGUGCGGCCUAUGUCCACUUGAAGCAUGCUGAAGUUUCAAAGUAUACAAGGAAUCUUGCGCCUGCAAGUCGUGCUAUUUUGCUCUCGGGACCUGCAGAACUUUACCAGCAAAUGCUUGCCAAGGCUUUAGCUCAUUACUUUGAAACAAAAUUGCUGCUGUUAGAUGUCACUGACUUUUCUUUAAAGAUUCAAAGCAAAUAUGGAACUGCAAUGAAGGAAUCGCCCUUCAAGCGGUGCACCUCAGAGUCAACACUAGAACGGCUAUCUGGCUUCAUUGGAUCACUUUCAAUGCGUGCUCAGAAAGAAGAACCUAAAGGAAGGUUAAGGAGACAACACAGUGGUGUGGAUAUUGCUUCAAGGGGAGUGGAAGGUUCUUCUGAUGCUCCUAAGUUAAGAAGAAAUGCUUCUGCAGCAGCUAAUAUAAGUAACCUAGGAUCACAAUCUAAUUCUACAAAUUCAGUUCCUUUAAAGCGCACGAGCAGCUGGUCUUUUGAUGAGAGGCUUCUAAUACAGUCUCUUUACAAGGUUUUGGCAUAUGUCUCUAAAGCCACUCCUAUCAUUCUAUAUGUUAGGGAUGUCGAUAAGUUCCUAUGUCGAUCCCAAAGGAUAUUCAACUUAUUCCAGAAAAUACUGAAUAAACUUUCAGGAUCAGUUUUGAUCCUGGGUUCUCACAUUGCGGAUACGAGCAAUGACAAUAGUGAGUUUGAUGAGAAACUUCUUAGACUUUUUCCUUACAGCAUUGAGAUUAGGCCGCCUGAGGAUGAAACCCGUCUCGUCAGCUGGAAAUCCCAACUGGAGGCAGAUAUGAAGAUGAUCCAAGUUCAGGAUAAUAAAAAUCAUAUCAUGGAAGUACUUUCAUCUAAUGAUCUUGAUUGUGAUGAUCUUGAUUCGAUCUGUGUGGCGGACACGAUGGUUCUAAGUAACUAUAUAGAAGAGAUUGUGGUAUCUGCAAUUUCAUAUCACUUGAUGAAUAACAAAGAUCCUGAAUACAGAAACGGAAAGCUAGUUAUAUCAUCUAAAAGUUUGUCCCAUGGAUUUAGCUUAUUCCACGAAGGCAAGUCUGCCGAUAAAGAUACAUUAAAGCUGGAAGCGCAAACUGAAUUGUCUAAGGAAGGAGGAAGGGUCGAGACUGUUGCUAUUAAGACAGAAACAAAAGUUGAUACCGGAAAGCCCGAAAAUAGAACUGAACCAGAGAACCUUGCGUCAGGGGUAAAGACAGACGGCGACAUUUCUUUAGCAGCAUCAAAAGUUCCGGAAGUUGCUCCUGACAAUGAAUUCGAGAAGCGUAUAAGGCCAGAGGUGAUACCUCCAAAUGAGAUAAAUGUAACAUUUGCUGAUAUUGGUGCAUUAGAUGAGAUCAAAGAAUCUCUUCAGGAACUGGUAAUGCUUCCUCUUCAUAGACCCGAUCUCUUCAAGGGCGGACUUUUAAAGCCUUGUAGGGGAAUCUUGCUGUUUGGGCCUCCUGGCACAGGAAAGACAAUGAUGGCUAAGGCCAUUGCCAAGGAAGCGGGAGCAAGUUUCAUUAAUGUAUCCAUGUCAACCAUCACUUCUAAGUGGUUUGGCGAGGACGAAAAGAAUGUUCGAGCUUUGUUUACAUUGGCAGGCAAGGUUUCUCCAACUAUUAUAUUUGUUGAUGAGGUGGAUAGCAUGCUUGGACAGCGGACUAGAGUGGGUGAGCAUGAAGCCAUGCGGAAGAUAAAGAACGAGUUUAUGACUCAUUGGGACGGGCUUUUGACGAAGCCAGGUGAGCGUAUCCUUGUUCUUGCUGCAACCAAUCGACCAUUUGACCUCGAUGAAGCAAUUAUAAGGCGUUUUGAGCGGAGAAUCUUGGUGGGAGUUCCUUCACCAGAGAACAGAGAAAUGAUACUUAAAACUCUCUUGGCAAAGGAAAAAGUGGAAGAAGGUAUAGAUUAUAAGGAGCUUGCUAAUAUGACUGAAGGCUUUACAGGAAGUGAUCUUAAGAACUUGUGCACAACAGCAGCUUAUCGGCCUGUUAGAGAGUUGAUACAGCAAGAACGACUCAAGGAUCAGGAGAAAAAGCAAAGAGCUGCAGCGGGGCAAACUGAAGAUGGCAAAGAGGAGCGGGUAAUUACACUGAGGCCAUUGAACACGGAAGAUUUCAGACACGCGAAGAAUCAGGUUGCUGCUAGCUUUGCUGCCGAGGGAUCGAUAAUGAAUGAACUGAAGCAAUGGAAUGAUUCGUACGGGGAAGGUGGUUCAAGAAAAAAGCAGCAGCUCUCUUAUUUCUUAUGAGAAUUGGCUGAGAAGCGGGAAAUAGCGACGACAAGCAAAGUGCUUAAUAGUUUAGAACUACUUAAUCUCUCUCAUUUUCUUCUGAACUUGAAUCUGGAGCAUUUGUACAUAUUUGCAACUGGCAGCUUUGAUUUACAUUCAGAUUGUGUCCCUGCGGGCGAUUUGCUUUAUUUUGUAACUUGUAUAAUAAGUCAAAAAGAUCUUGACUUUGAAA